AGUGUGGCAGGUUUGCGUCACUGUACACACUCCAUCAUGCAAAGCUGAUGUAAAGAGAAAAAGACGGAGAGAGAGGAGUUAGGAGCUGAUGUCAUUACAGAGAGCUGCUGUCAGUUUGAAUCUGUGUCAACACGGCGGACUGUGACAUGUGUAGAGAUCUCUUUUAGAAAAGGCAAUGUGAGCUGUUCGCUGAAGAUAUGCUGGGGACCCAAACACUCCAAGGAACAGAACAAAAAAUCAAGAGGUGCCGAAGAGGACCCAUCUGGACCACAAGACAACACCUCUGAAAUAUCAAACGUUGCUAUCAAGGAUUUGUUCCUGUGCUAAAAAUACAAAUGAGGAAACUGUAGUGUGCCAGGUCUAAUGGUUUUUGCACACUGAAAAUUGCAGCAUUCAGACAAGCUACUGCCAAAGUUCAGUGUUAAAGAUAGUUGCUUGGAAUCUCUUAAAUAUCAAGUUCACUCUUCCGCUCCCUUUUUGGGAUUUGGCACUUCACAGGUGGUCAUUAACUUUGUUUACUCUUGGACAAUGGACUUGUCUUUACUCCCCACUCAAGUGAGUGAGUACAACAAGCAGAGGGCAGGAGCGCUCUUCACUGUCCGCCCAGCUAACUCUCCUUCUUACAGCCUCACACGAAGACCAGGUGUCAGGAAACCUAGAGGUUUUCUGGAAGAGGACAGGGGUGGUUCUGAGGAAGUUGGAGAAUUAAAAAGAUAUGGCUUGCAGACUGGUGCAUAUAGUUCAAUCAACCAUGAAGACCCCAAAGCUGCUAGUUAUCAAGCCAGGAUUAGGAGGAGCAGUGGUGUGAUCAGUCAGUGUGAGGAGAAGGACACAUUAGGCUACAAAAUGUCAGCUCAGCUGGACCAGAAUGGAACAGCAGACAAACCAAUCAAAGAGUAUGGAACUGACAGAAGUGCCAGCUUUGCAUCUGAACGCCAUGGCAGAGCAGAGUUGAGGAGAUCCAGCCUCCCAAGUAGAAGCAAAAGUUUGGAUUGGAAGGCAGGGGAAAGAAGCUAUGAUCGCGGCAAAAGAGCUGACAUCUCAUCAACUAGACUAGCAAGUGACAUCUGUAGACUCGCUGGAGGCUUGGAUGAAAGGACAGGAGCUCAUGGUGCCAGUGGAAGGGUGAGGUCUUCAAUACAGACCUAUUAUAACACUUCAGGAACAAGUAAUGUUAUCCAAGAGAGAAGCCCAGUCAGUCAUAUGGAUCAGGCUUUGGACAAAACCAGUAGAGGACACUCUCUCCCUACCAGGUUAAGGUCCCAGUCUGGACCUUGCUCUAAUGUGAGAGUGCCGUCUGCCUCAUUUGGAUCCAAAGGGGGUCAGAGUAUUCUGGAGCGGAUAGAGAAACUCUACGGGUCAGUUGGCUUUGGUAACAUUGAGGACUCCACCUCUUUGAACCCCCUUUAUAGAGAAACAGCCAAAGACCUCAUCAUUCCACAACAGCCGAGAGCAUACAACUGGACAUCAGGGGGAACGUUCCCAAGGAGUUUCUCACUUGGACAGCCAAACAACCUUAGUCCAGUGCAAAGCAGGAGUUCAUACACCUGGACGCUAACAGAUGACUCAGGUUCUGACACUUUACUUUCCUCUAAUAGGAACAGGGAAAAACCAUUAGGACAGUGUCCACCACAGAUCAAGAGUAUCAACUUGGGUAGAGUGUUAGGAGACAGUGGCACAAUGUCUCUGGACAGAGCAAGGAGCAGGUACACUACUGCAGCUCGAAUAAGAGCUGAGAGGGCUGCAGCACAAAUAACUGCACAGCCAGAGUCAAGCACUUCCUUUGACAAGAGGAGUUCUGCUUCUUUGAAGGACUGGUCUGGAUCAAGAGAGAGAAGAUUAAGUGGAAGUACGGACUGGAGCAGGCUGAACCAUAGAGAGGAAAAAAGUGACAAUGCAAAAAAAAGGACUGGUUGGCUUGAUAACCAAGAGACUGUAGAUAGAGCAAAUGACAAAGCUAAAUCAAAGAGUAUUAGCACUGAUGAUGUGUUUGACUCAAACCCAAUGACAACCUCAAUGAAAACACCAGAAAGGAAGAAAUAUACUGAGGGGUUGUCGGUCAAAACUGUAGCCAGUGUGAGAAAUAAGAUCAGCCAGUUUGAGGCUCUGUCACAGAGAUUUCAAGGUUUGGCUACAGGAAAUGUCCUGAUGCCGAGAAGAGCUUUCUCUGUGCCAACACAACUAAGCGAGGCUCAUGAUGGAAAGAAAAAGAAUGGGUCAACAAAAGAAUGGAGAGACAAGUCUGAGGAGAUAGGAGCAGAAAAAAAGCUGGGGUCAGAAAGGUCCUUAUCAGUGGACGAGGUUGGAUUCAGAUUACAGAGGAAAGAGAGAGAAGGGGGAGACUUUGUUGAGAAUGAAAGAAAAGAAAUAGACAAAGGUAACAAUUGUGCUGAAGAUUUUGAAAAGUACUCCAGGGUCAAAAGCACUCUUGAAAUCCAAAUAGAUGGAGGAGAUAGAAGAGGGCGUAGAAACUUCUACAUAGAUGAAGCAGAUUUCAGCAAGCUCCCUAGCCCUGAGGAAGCAAGUGAGAGACCAACUUCACUACUUCUGUCCAACUUCAGCGACACUCCUGAUGGUGUGCAGAAAGCCACAUCCGUCAUCGUUCUCUCACCCGCUAGCGAUGAUGACAAGACUCCAACAAACACUCCAAACCACUCACCUGUUCUCUCUCCUACAACCCAACCAGGAAACUCCACUCCUGUUGCCAAAAGUUUAAAUGAAAGCACUCCUGUUCCUACACAAGCAGCAAAAACACCCAAAGCAGAUGCCCCACCUCUCCCUCGACCUGGCACCACUACAUCCCACAGCGGUCUUCCUGAUCCCAUCCCUCCAGAUGUCAAUGAAGUCUUUCCAAAGGGAAAGAAGCAAGUGUUGGACCUCAAUGCAUGGGUAGCUGGCUUGAACCCUACAAUUAGUGUCUGGAAUGAUGAAGAUGAUGAUAAUGAUGAGGACGAUGAUGAUGAAAGCACACAGAAGGAUGAAGAUUCAAACUAUGAUUCAGACUCUGGAGAGUCCUCAGUUACCAUCACUAGCAACAUGAGCCAGUCAGAUCGUAGGAGCUUCUGUGUCAGUCUUUCAGACCUGUGUAACUUUGCUGGAGUGGACUAUGAGUCAGAGAAUGAUAGCGACGAGUGGCAAUCUAUAGGCCGGCGAUCUGCCUCCCUGAGCUCAGACAUGUCUGCAAUGUCCUAUGUGUCAGUGAUGCCCACAGAGGACCUCGAUAAGCUACUGGAGGAUGUCAGGAGCCUGGGUGACAGCACUUUGCAGGACUAUAACGAUGUCCAGGUGGUUGUUCUACAUAAGGAAGCGGGAGUGGGACUAGGCUUCAGUUUGGCUGGAGGCACUGACCAAAACAAGCCAGUCACUGUUCAUAAGGUGUUUCACUUGGGGGUAGCAGCCAAGGAAGGCUCCAUACAAGAGGGGGAACAGGUCUUGUCAAUCAAUGGCACAGCAUUGGGAGGUUAUGCCCAUUGGGAGGCCGUGAGGGUCCUUAGAAGGGCGAAGAUGCGGGAUUUGGGGGUGGUGGUCCUUAAGAGAGCAGGGACAAGCAGUGUCAGUAAAGGGGGAGCGCAGACAAAAAAUCAAGUGCCAACAGAGACUCAGGACACCCCGACAGGUGAGCUUUUGUGUGUGAGUCUGGAGAAGAACAGCAGGGAUCUGGGCUUCAGCCUGGAGGGGGGAGUGGGCUCCAGUCAGGAGGACAAACCACUAACUGUACAGAAGAUCUUCCAGGGAGGCCCUGUUGACAGGGUGUGUCCUGGUGAUGAGGUUGUAGAGAUUGAGGGAGUGAGCAUGGUGGGGAUGAGACGUCUGGAGGCGUGGACAUUUAUCAGAAGGCUACCCACCGGGCCCGUGGAUGUGGUGCUGUGUCGAACUCAACAUCGGGAAACAUAAAGAUGAUUACUGAUUGAAAAGAAACUCAUUGCCGUCCUUGACAGAAGCAUUGUUCAACCUGGCAAUGUAAUAAGCUAUGGAUUCAGCCCUGUUGGGCUAAUGCCUUGAAAACAAUCCAGCCAUUAGUUUCAAAGCUCUUUUUACGAAAUCCCUAACGGGAAUAUAAUCUUGGAGACCAGGUCAAAAGUGUGUAUUUUUCCUCACGUUAUCCUCAAGAUCUACCUCAGGCCUGGAAUGUUUCUGUGCCAGCCAUAAUUCAAGUGCACUGAUGGCAAAUACAUCAUUAAACCAACUUUUGUUACUUAUAGUGUGAUCAGUUGAAAAGCUUGUGUUGUUACAUUUUGUCUAUGCAAAAACACCUUGUAAUAUAUUGUAAAUAGAAGCUAACUUCAUGCACAGUUGAUAUUGCUUUUUAAUAAACCUCAACUUAAAUCAUGCUUUUCAUUCUUUCAUCCAGGAGAAGGAGAUAGUGUGAUAAGAUGUUAUCUUUCUACCAGUUAGCAAACAAAGCUUAGUGAACAAAAGUCGGAAACGGGUUAAAGGUAUCUGUCCUCUUAUGCAUAACAAAACAGAUACUCGUCAAAAGCGGAUGUGAUAAGAUAAGAUGCCACAAGCUGCCGACGUAACUAUUUUUACAACUUCAAAACACCUUUAAAGGUUUAUGUUGUGGAAACGUUCAUAGUUCUACCUUUGCUUAAAAAAGCACACUCAAAAUAAAGUAGGCACAAAUCAAAGCUAUUUUCCAUAGACAUCAAGGUAUCUCUUUUCAUACGCCUUAUCUUGUGUCGUCACCUGUCUGUGGGCAGAAGUCACAUGCCACUCUGAAUAUUAUCAGCAAUAAAAUAUCCGUUGCCAUCCU